CGUCUCAGAAUGAAUAAAAUCCAGACGGUGAAGGCGCUUGUCAACCAGAGGCUGGCGGCGGCCGCGGAGGAGAUCUGCGGCAUCGUGGAGCGGCUCAUCCGGGAGUACGAAGACCAGGUCUCCCGUUCAAACCGCCAGACGCUCCGCCCGCCGGAGACCAGCCCCGAGGUCAGCGGAGCAGAUGAGCAGCAAGUCACCGGCCCGGCUUGCAAAGAGCAAGUUCUGCUAGAACAGCUCGAAUGGGCAGACCGGGAUCCACCACGGAUUAAAGAAGAACAGGGGGAACCUUGGAGCAGUUGUGACGUCAUAAAGUUCAUCUACAGCCCUGCGGUGAAGGCUGAAAAGCUUCAAACAGACUCCGGCGGCCCCUCUGAGGAACCCAUAAACCUUGAGUCUUCACACCAAGAGGCUGUCCCCUGCACCUCCACAGAGCCGGCAGCUCCGUCCGGGCUCAGCCUCCCCUCAGACCUCCCUGCCCCCGAGAGCGACGACCCUGACGGCCACGGCGCUGCAUGUUUCUGCAAAGUGUGCGGUAUGGCGUUCAGCUACCGCGGUUCUCUGUUGAACCACGCCGAGAUGCAUGCCGAGGACGCCCACUGCCUCUGUGGGGUUUGCGGCAAACUUCUCCCCAGCGGAAAGGGCCUGCUGGAGCACCUGCAGACCCACGUCAAGGUGCACAUCUGUGGAUUCUGUGGCAAGAACUUCCGGCGGCUGGUUGACCUGUCGGUGCACCUGCGUUGCCACACGGGCGAGAAGCCCUUCAGCUGCAAGGUGUGUGGAAAGCGCUUCACCCGCAAGGGCAACAUGGAGAGCCACAUGAGGACACACACGGGGGAGAAGCCCUACCGCUGCGUGGUGUGUGGCAAACGCUUCAACAUCGCCUCAUCCAUGAUCCGCCACUCCAGGACGCACUCCGGGGAGAAACCGUACAGCUGCCAGUUUUGUUUCAAAGGAUUCACCAACAGCUCGGACAUGAAGAUCCACAUGAGGACACACACGGGGGAAAAGCCCUACACCUGCCCCAUCUGUGGGAAGGGCUUCCCCCUCAACACGCCCCUCAAGUACCACAUGAGAAUCCACACCGAGGAGCGGCCAAACUGCUGCAGCGAGUGUGGGAAAUGUUUUAGCGACGUCUACUCGCUGAGACGACACAUGAAGGGUCACACAAAGGUCAAAUCUUAGUGCUGCUGCAAAAGAAAGAUGCCAGCUCAGCCGAAGCAGAACCUGACUGGUGGGAACAGGUCAGUUAGCACCUCUACCAGUCCCUCUUUGGAGGGUCUCUUCAAACCCUGUCCGGUUGCUUUUAUGUUGGAACUGAUGGAACAGGGAGUUUCCUGAUGCGACAGUACUACGACCGUUGUUAAAGUGGAUGGAAACGACAGACAGAGUUGGACCGGAACCUGUUUAGAAAUCAGACACCAGAGCAUUUCACUCCUAAGACACCUGAUUUCUUUUGGAGAAACUAGCGUUGGCAUGAUGGCGUUAACAGACAUUAUUCAAUAUUACUUCAGUGAUCUGAAGCACUUUCCUCUCAGAGCGGUGACGUGUCGGAUGGGUUCAUAUUGGUUUCCAGGUAUUCAGAGUCCACGUUGACUAACAGUUUGUUCUGAAAUAGAUGCAUAACAGUGUCUAAUUAAAUCACACUAGGGUCAUAUGCAUGAAUGUCUUGGAGUUUAAUGAAGUAAAGUCUUGAAGUAGGAAGAUGUCCUUUUUACCUCUAAGCGUUUAAUGAGGGAACUGAAUUUCCUGAUCGGGUUUUGCAGCCCGCCGGGAUGUUCUGCUGCUCCACCACCGGAGGAGACCAAACGGCUUGGAAACACGUUCUGUGGUGCAGCAGCUCUGGGCUCCGGCCAAGUCUGCUCGAGUUCAUGAAAGGCACGCAAACCAAAAGUGGAACAGGAAACAUUAUACCACCAAACCAGCAGGGGGCAGUAAUGUUGUGAAUUUCAGCGCAAAUGUCAUCGUUGCUGAGGCUGAUUGGUUCCGUGUAGAAUCUGAAGAAGGCAGCUCUUUUGAAUUGCGAGUUAGCAGUACCAGUUUUCUGACAUCUGAGUUUUGUUUACAGCUGAAGAUGGGCUCUGCUGCUCAGUUCAGUGUCCUGACCGCUUCAGCAGAGAGCAGGAGAUGACUUCUGUUGUUGUACUGCAGAUGAAUGAACGUGCCGAGGGAUGUGCCAAAGCAUCUUCAUGAUGGCUGAAAAAUAAAAGA